CCAAGGUCAGCCCGAUUUCAAAAUUUUAAAUGACAAGUAUGCCCUUGCAUUCCAGAUAAUGCGAAUCAAAACUGAGGUGCCACAAAUUCUCGGCCAUGGCGGGUGUUUCGACGGUUACCGCGUCACCGACUGCCGUGUGCCGGCGACUGCUCGUCCUGCCACAGUGUUCAUAUUCGGUAAAACCUUACUUUUCUUCUUUUUCUUCGUCGAAACUCUACUCGAGCCUGGGAUGGAUUUCCCUGCGGCGGGGUGGAGCCACCGUGCUCCCGUCUAGAAAGCUUGCGAUUCGAGCUGCCCGAACCGAGUCCAAAGGGGUUUCGCUUGGUUUUAGGGCGCCCGAUUUCGAGCUUCGGGAGCCUCUGACUGGGAAAUUGUGGAAACUGAGCGAUUUUGAAGACCACCCAGCAUUGCUGGUCAUGUUCAUUUGCAAUCAUUGUCCGUUCGUGAAGCAUUUGAAGAAAGAUAUUAAAGGGGUAGCAGUGAUUGCAAUUUCCUCAAACUCUGUAACUACUCAUCCACAGGAUGGACCUGAAUUCAUGGCUGAGGACGCUGAGUUAUUUAACUACCCUUUCCCUUAUCUCUAUGAUGAGUCCCAAGAUGUGGCGAGAAACUUUGGAGCUGUGUGCACGCUUGAAUUUUUCUUAUUUAAAAAGGAUGGCCGUAGGCCAUUUGAAUUAGUUUAUCACGGUCAGUUUGACGAUUCACGGCCGAGUAAGAACGUACGCGUUACGGGGAGGGACUUGAGCUUAGCAAUAGAUGCUGUUUUGAGUGGAAAACCUGUGCCAGCCAACCAGAAGCCCAGUGCUUCGAACCAAAAGGGUUAUAUAAAAGAGAACUAUUUGUUCAAGGUGAAGGGGCUCGACGGGCUUUUCGGGGCGUUUGCCUUCAGAGACGAGUGCCAGGUGAGAGUUUAUAGGCUCUUGGAGGAGUUGAAGAGGUGGAAUUUGGUGGAGGAUUUUGGGGACAGGGAGUUGUACCUCAGCUCCUUUUCGUCAACACGGCUCGUACUAAAGCCACGACCAACACGAUCCGAUUGCCCAAAUUUUUAA